UGUGAUUCUGUGAAUAAUUGAUUAAUUGCCAAUCUGCAACAUGUCCAUGCCUUCAUGAUUCCCGAAGUCUCUUUUUCUACACAUUCUACACCAGGUCGAUCUGUAUAGGCUGCCCCUGUCAGCUAAGAUCACUUCCUUCUUAGCGACGCGUCAAAAGAAGCAGGGCAGGACCGCAAAUAAUCUCGAGUCUCGAUUCCCAGAAUCGAGCUCACCGACCUCCUCCCAUUGCAUGCUCUGCAACGUCACUCAGCAUCUCGACGACACCGAUUCUGCACUCCUGUAUUUCGUACACACUGGGUUCAGUUGCAGCUUACCUACAACCGUCUGCUGCAGCGUUUGGAAAGCGGGAGACCGCACCCUUUCUUUGAUGGCAUCGACCAGCUCCUGACAGCACCCCCGUUCAUCGAAGCGCCAUUGAUGAGAGAAACCAGCAGCAAUGUCUGAUCACGAGCAUAACGAUGAGGGGGACUCCAGAUCGAGAGAGAGGAAGGAUUCGAAUCCAGACAACUCAGACCGGGAGAAUGACACAUUCGAGGAUGCGAACGCUACCGCAUCUGCAGAACCCCCACGAACAGCAUCGGCUGAGAGGACACGAUCGUUGACCAAACGGAGAUCAUCCUCAACCCACACACAAGAGAGAUCCGAACAUCCCCCCAUACCUGUUGUUCCGGAAGCAAAUGGUGGCCCGGAGCACGAUGGCCAUGAUACAAGACAACCAAAAUCCCCUCUUUUGACUUCCCGUCGACUGUCUACUUCGUCCCUCGAUAAUGUCAGCCUUGAUGAGGAUGGGACCCCCUUGAAACCAAGUUUAUCAAAAGAGAACUCGAAACCCGUUCCCCCUCCCAGGAAUACGAAGCCCUCAAUCCAAGGACUAUCCGGCGUGCUCCCUUCGGUACCAUGGGCUCCUCCACCUCAAUCGCAUCAAGGCUCCCAACUCCCGCCUCCUGCACCAUCCGCAACAAGAAAGCUGACAAGUCCAUUCUCCUGGCUGUCAAGGAACGCCUCAACCCCAAAAGAUACCGUUACAUCUCCCCCUUUACCUUCGCCGAAUAACAGUGGAGAACGAAGGAAUACCGCCUCGUCGAUCGCAACGAUAAAUAGCAACCCAGAGAUGAUGCUGAGCAAACUAGAGGAGGGCCACGAGGGAGAGGUAGCAAAUGGGCACAAGCGGCCAAUAAGGAACAGCCUGAGGGAUAGAUUCAAGCUUUUACGGAUGCGAGAAGAAGCGGGGAUUACUGCAUUACCUGAAGAUGAUAAAGGGGGAAGUGCACUGGCGGGCCUCAUAGGAAGAAGUGCAAGCCUAGGCCUUGGUCUUGCAAGUCCGACAAGCGUCACCGACGACAGAGAGCUUUCUCUGAAUGCCGCCCACUCACCGUCUUCACCAAAUCCCUCUAGUCCUAGCCCUGCUACGGUCAAUCCCGCACUAGCACCAGGUACAGCAUCCGGAGUUUCAGCUGGACCAUCUGCGAUGGCUGAUCCCUCGGCGCCGGUUGAUUGGGAUUUGUGGCAGGCAGUCGUUGACGAAGGCCCGGCAGCUGUUGCAAGGACAAGUCCAGAGGAUCUGAAUCGAGCCAUUGCGACUGGUAUUCCGAAUGUUAUUAGAGGGGUAGUCUGGCAAAUCCUCGCCCAGAGCAAAAACGAAGAACUUGAGAGUGUGUACAGGGACUUGGUUACUCGCGGGACGGACAAAGAUAAAGAUAGGUUGAGUGGAUCGAGCGGGGCACACAGCACGCAUUCCAACAACAGCAAAGAAAAAGAAGAAACAGUGGCUUCCUCAGCAUCCUCGAUACAUUCAGAUCACUCGACACCUGCAACUACUUUAACAAACGGCUUGAGAUCGCCAUCCCCUCCAAAGGAUCCAGAGAUGCUGGCAAAAGCUCAAGCUGCUUCAAUGGCUGUAAAGAAACAGAAAGCCAAGGAAGAUGCUGCUUCGUUGGCAAAACUAGAGAAGGCCAUCAAACGAGAUCUGGGGGCUCGAACCAGUUUCUCGAAAUUUGCGGCCAGUGCUGGGCUACAGGAGGGGUUAUUUGGUGUUUGCAAAGCGUAUGCCCUUUUUGACGAGGGUGUGGGAUACGCUCAAGGCAUGAACUUUCUGGUCAUGCCUUUGCUUUUCAAUAUGCCUGAGGAUGAAGCGUUCUGCUUGCUGGUUCGCUUGAUGAACCAAUAUCACCUCCGAGAUUUGUUCACCCAGGACAUGCCAGGUCUGCAUAUGCAUCUGUACCAGUUUGAACGCCUGUUAGAAGACUUCGAACCGGCUUUGUACUGCCACCUUCAUCGCCGCCAAGUCUCACCGCAUUUAUACGCCACCCAGUGGUUUUUGACUUUGUUCGCUUACAGAUUCCCACUCCAACUUGUGCUCCGAAUUUACGAUUUAAUCCUCAGCGAAGGGCUGGAAGCCAUUAUCAAAUUUGGAAUCGUCCUCAUGCAAAAGAAUGCUGCAACACUCCUGGGCAUGACUGACAUGGUCUUGUUGACAAGCUUCUUGAAGGAUCGUGUCUUCGAUGUCUACAUCGAUAAAGCACCGUCUGCUGGGUCAAUUCUCGAGUCUGGUUUCUUCGGUAGCUCAGGUUCAAGCAUCGACAAGGAAGUUUACCGAGCGGAUCAGCUGAUCCAGGAUGCUUGUGCUGUCAAAAUUACACCCGAGAUCUUGAAGACGUAUACUUUAGAAUGGGAAGAAAAGACCCGAUUGGAAAAGGAGCGUGAGGCUGAGCUCGAGUCCUUGAGGCAAAACAAUGCAUCUCUCACACACAAAGUUCGGGUCCUUGAGCAAAGAGUUGAAAAGCAUGACGAGGAGCACGCUGCUCUUGCAACAGAUCUUGUGAAGGUUCAAAUUGAGAAUGGCGAUUUGAAAGAUGAGAAUGAAUCACUCAAGGGACAAGUAGUGGAGUUGAGAUCCGUUAUUGAAACGCAGCCGCAGGAAGUGGAAGAAAGGCUGAAAACUGAGAUGGAUCGGUUGAUGAAGAGAAAUCAAGAAGUACACGAAGAGAACACGAAGUUGGAAGAGGAGAUGAGCGAAAUGGAGCAGACUCUCGUGGCUACAAAGAUGCAAUAUGCAGAGAUCAACUCUCAACACGAAGCUCUCACUCGAAAAUGGAAUGAUCUCAGAAAGGCUCUCGACUAAGCUCCUCUGACCAUUAACGGCCACCCGAAUUGUACAGUCUCCUCAAUUCUCUUUGUAUUCGAACAGUCAACAAAGCUCAGGCUAUUGCUCUACGAUUUGGCUUAGCGACGCAUGCAUGCUUACGAAACUGUGAUAUCCCCUUUCCUAUCCUACGUCUCGGCAUGGUUGGCAUGGUACGGCUGGCGUGUUGAUGUAUGUUAUGACCCGCCCUCUUUGGCGAACAGACUCGGUGCCUGGAUGGCAUGCGAGAAGUUGUAUAUAGUUAAGCAGUCCUUUGUGCGAAGAAUUCAAUGGAAUAAAGCGAUGAGCUACUGAUUAGUCUAAUCAGCACCUAAACUUCCACCAUAACAUGAAAACCUGUCACGCC